AUGGAAAUUUCUCACUUUGCUUCAAAGUUGAAGGCACUAAAGCUUGAGCUUUCUGAUGACUUGCUUGUGCAUUUAGUGCUUAUCUCUCUUCCUCCACAAUUCAGUCAAUUUAAGGGCAAGAAAAGAAAGAAUGAGGCUACUAAGGAUAAAGGUCCUGCACAUAAGAAACAAACUCAAGCCAAUAAUGAUGAUGCUUGUUUCUUUUGUAACAUGAAGGGACACAUGAAGAAGGAAUGUGCUAAGUACAUUGCAUGGCGAGCAAAGAAAGGUACAUUUCUUACUUUGGUCUAUUCUGAGGUAAAUUUAGCUUCAGUACCGAGAAACACUUGGUGGUUAGAUUUCGGUGCUACUACUAACAUCAGUGUUUCUAUGCAGGGUUGCCUGAGUUACCGAAAGCCAAAUGAUGAUGAAAGAAGCAUUUAUGUGGGAGAUGGCAAGUUGGUGAAUGUGGAAGCAGUAAGUUUAUCUAUUAAUUCAAAUACUGUUGGAACUGGUUCUCUUAUGGUUUAUGACAAGUUAUAUUUGUUUGACACCGUUGCUUCUUAUAAUGAAACCUUGAAUGUGGAAUCACGUGGUACUAAGCGUAAAAUGGAUAAUGAAAAAUCAAGUUCCUUAUGGCACAAACGGUUAGGUCACAUCUCUAAAAAUAGAGUUGAGCGACUUGUGUCUGAUGGAAUUUUAGAUUCAAUUGAUUUUUCAGACUUUGAUGUUUGCAUUGAAUGCAUCAAAGGCAAACAGACAAAAACAAAGAAAUUAGGUGUGAAAAGAGCUAUAGAUGUCUUAGAGUUGAUACAUACAGAUAUUUGUGGGCCAUUUCCUACACCUUCUUGGAAUGGUCAACAAUAUUUUGUAUCAUCCAUAGAUGAUUACUCAAGAUAUGCGUACCUAUUUCUACUUCAUGAAAAGUCUCAAGUCUUGGAUGUGUUAAAAUCUUUUAAGGCUGAAGUUGAGAAUCAACUUAGCAAAAGAAUAAAGCAAAUCAGGUCUGACCGUGGUGGUGAGUACUAUGGCAGAUAUGACGGAUCAGCUGAGGCUAGGCCUUAUAGGCCAAAUGAAAAGAAGCUGGAACCCAAAACUGUGAGCAGCUACUUUAUUGGAUAUUCUGAACGAUCUAGGGAUUUCAAGUUUUAUGAUCCCAAAGUAAAGAAUAUAUUUGAAACGAGAACUGCAAAGUUCUUUGAGGAUACUGAGUUUGGGGGAGAAAUACGGUUAAAGACUUUGUUUUUGAGGAGGAUUUAG